AUGGGUCUCAUUCAGAUCAACGGCAACACUUUCGACCCGUCCACUGCUCGCGCGUCAGUGCGAACUCAAAGCGCGGGAGCAGCAGAAAACGAAAAUGCUUCCAAAUCCAAAUAUAUUCUGGUCCAGAGCAAUGGACCUCUGAAGAAGGCUGAAAAGCAAGCCCUUGCUGACGCCAAAGUUGCUAUCAAAGAAUACGUGUCCGAGAACACUUAUCUCUGUCGUUAUGAGCCCGAAGACAUCGCUCCUGUUCGUGCACUCGACUUCGUCCAGUACGCAGCCGACUAUUCAACGGACUUCGUCGUCAACCCAUCUCUGCGUGUCCACACAGUCGGACCACCUGGACACAUCUCGAGCCGCACCCAUACCGUCGAUGUUGUCUUCCACAAGGACUGUCAAUUAAGCGGAUGCAAGAAGGAGUUGUGCGAGGCCGCCCAUCUCGAUCCGGAAGAUAUUGAUCUGGAUGGCUCGAAGGGAAAGAUCCGCCUCACCGUGCAGGAGCAAUUCCUCGACGCUCUUGCCGCGCUAGACGAUGUUGCGACCAUCCAGGAGGUCAAACCCAACAGGCUCUUCAACAACGUUGCUCGCGGUAUCUUGAAAGUUGAGAAUGUGGACGUCAACGGGACCACACUCGAUGGCAGUGGCCAGAUUGUCGCCGUCGGAGACACUGGGGUAGACUCCUCCCACCCGGCAUUUGCAGGUGCCAAUCGGAUCAAGAAACUGAUUGCUCUUGGACGCGUCACGGGCAGCGGCAAGACAAACGACCCCGAUGGGCACGGUACUCAUGUAUGUGGAUCAGUUCUUGGUUCGGGCACCCUGUCAAACGGCGAGCCUAUACAAGGAUCGGCUCCCGCUGCCACUCUUGUGAUGCAGUCGCUGCUCGACAGUCGUGGUGGGCUAGGUGGGAUUCCUGACGACCUUGACGACCUGUUCGGUCCGGCCUACAAGGAGGGCGCUCGAGUCCACAACAAUUCAUGGGGUUCUUCUCAGCCGGGCCUUGCGUACGACCAGUCGUGCCAGGAGAUUGACGACUUCGUUGUCCGUAAUCCUGAGAUGGUCAUUGUCUUCGCAGCCGGAAACGAUGGUGUGGACAACGACUCGAACGGCAGCAUCGAUCUCCGCCAGAUUGGAUCACAAGCCGCAGCAAAGAACUGCAUUACAAUUGGUGCCUCCGAGAACGAUCGUCCUGACUUGACAGUCGCGUACGGCGUGUCGGGCAGUGGUCGUCGUGAUCCUCGAUACGCUGUCGAGCCCAUCUACGGCGACCAAUACGCGGACGACCCGAACGGAAUGGCUGCUUUCAGCUCUCGUGGUCCGACCCGUGAGAAGAGGUUCAAGCCUGACGUCGUUGCUCCUGGCACGUGCAUUCUCAGCGCGCGAUCCUCGCUUGUGGCAGACAGUGGCUUUUAUGGACAGUCGCCCGACCCAAAGUACAUGUACGAGUCUGGCACGAGCAUGGCGUCGCCAUUGGCGUCCGGUUGCUGCGCCCUGCUCAGGCAGUUCCUCGUGGCCAAUCCGCCGGAGCAGACGCAGAACGCUCCGCCUUCUGGGGGCAGUCAGCAGCCAAUCGCAGCCCCUUCGUCCUACUCGCCCACAGCCGCACUCGUCAAGGCCCUGCUGAUCAAUGGCGCUGUUGAGCUCCCUGGUCAGUACACCCCGUCCGAGGCUGGUACAUCGCCGAAUCCAAACUCUGGCUGGGGCCGCAUCUCUGUCGCUGAUUCCGUUGGCGCCACUGAGGGAACCAAGAUCGGCUACGGUGAGCACCCGGGUGUGGACGAAGACGAUGUUGUCGAGAUUCCGGUCACAAUCGAUGCCGCCGGAACUGGAACUCAGACACUAAAGGUCACACUGGUCUGGACCGAUCCUGCUGGCGCCAUGCUGCAGAACGACCUGGACCUCACGGUCACUGCUGGAGGCUCGGAGAAGCAUGGGAACGUCAGCAGUGGAAGUGCUUUCGACCGUGUCAACAAUGUUGAGCAGGUCAAGUGGGAAGGUGUCCCUGCCGGGGAGGCGAAAAUCAGGGUUAGUGUUCAGCGCUUGACCAGUGACAAGCAGGCCUUUGCUUGGGCCUGGAAGGUUUACUAG